AUGUCGAAAAAUAAAAUCGAAAUUGAAGUGCUGGAAAAACGCUUGUACAGUGAAGGAGUAUUAAAUUAUGACUUGAGUGACGAAGAGAUUGAAAAGAGUCCUAUACGUAACUAUUUCAAGGGGAAAACUAUAUUCCUUACUGGCGGUACAGGAUUCCUUGGACAACUGCUAAUGGAAAAGUUGUUGAGGUGCGAAGUGAAAAUAGUAUACUUGCUAGCUCGAGCGAAGAAAAAUAAAACCUCAAAUGAACGACUGAAUGAUCUGUUUGCACAAACGCAAUUCGCUAAGCUACGUAGAGAAUAUCCCAACUACCGACAGCAUGUCAGCAUCAUUGAAGGCGACAUGUCUCUCAUUGACUUGGGCAUAAAGGAUUCCGAUCGACAGCUACUCGCGGAAACGGUUGAGAUUGUUUUGCAUGCCGCCUCUGAAGUACGCUUUAAUGACAGCCUCCACAAACUGGCAACCAUAAAUUUACGCGGCACUCACCAAAUGCUAAAAUUGGCAGAGAAUUUCAAAAAAUUGCAGGUCUUCCACUAUGUUUCAACCGCCUUUAGCAACUGCAAGCCAAAUUGCAAAGUGAUCAAAGAGGAAUUCUACGAGCCUCCGCUUGAACCAAAUACACUCAUCGCUUAUGCCGAAAAGUGCAUUAAUACUCCCGAGGAUUUGGAUAUUUUCGAUACCAUAACAAAUCGUUUGAUUGGCGAAUGGCCCAAUACUUACACAUUUUCGAAAUGUCUUUCGGAGGAAUUGGUGAGGCGUAGCGCUGAAAAAUUUCCCACUUGCGUCUCUCGCCCCAGCAUAGUGAUUUCGACCAAUCGUGAACCCAUAGCGGGUUGGAUAAAUAAUGUUUACGGUAUCACAGGUUCGAUUUUUGCCCUGGCUGCUGGCCUAUCGCGUCUUCUGCCCGUUCACAAGGAUAAACACUUAGAUAUAAUCUGUGCCGAUUUCACCGUGAAUGCGAUAUUGGCAGCCACUUGGGCAAUGCAUCAGGAUGUUGAGGCCCAUAGAAAGGUAUCACCAACUCCACCGAUUCCCAAAGUAUACGCUUUGGUAUCUUCGACAUACACACCUGCGGGAUUUGUAACGUCAGAGACUUUGUCGCAUUAUCUUACAAACCCGUUGCAACGGCACUUAUGGGUUUUGUGUCCAAAUUUAAUUGACAAUCAGCUGUUAUUCAAGUAUCUUAGUAUAUACUAUCAUCUGAUAGGCACUUUAGCGAUUGAUUUCGGUUUAAAAAUAGUUGGUCGAAAGGAACGCGUCUUACCUUGGGUGCGCAAAACGCAACUAUUUCUGAAUGUAAUCGCCUACUUCACGCAGUACGAUUGGAAAUUCGAUAAUGAUAAUAUGCGCAACGUCUGGAAGCGAAUGGAUGCUGUAGAUCAAAAGUUAUUCCUCUGCGAUACGCGUCUAUUCGACUACAAGAAAUGGUGUUACACCUAUAUGCAGGGCAUGAAGUACUUUCUUUGUAAUGAUCCACUUGAAAAUCCAAGAACAGCCGUGGCCCGAUAUAAUCGCAUAAGUCGAGUGCAUUUAAUAUUCAAGUACCUAUUUUACAUUUCCCAGCUACUGUUGGCAUAUACGAUGAUAAAGGGUCUGAGGCUAGAUGAAGUGUUCAUUAAAUUAAUAAGCGUUAAAUUUGGUUUAGGCAAAGGAACAGCUUUUGUUAAGGCAUAGACGAUAUGCAAGAUUUGGUGUUUAUGUGAGAAAAUAGAUCAAAUAAAUUUAUCGUAGAUUUAAUUUCGUGACUUUUUUGCAUUUGAUAGCAUAAGUCAGAGAAGGUCGUGGAGAUGGGAAAAACAUCGAUGUUUUACU